CAAGAAGAACGCAGGUAAGAAUGAAAAGUGGCUAUAAUAAGUAUGCCUUUUUAAAGAUCGUGUAAAAUUUGUAUACGAACUGAAGCUAUAGUUUCAGUUUGGAAAGGACAGGAGGCUUGAUGACCUGCGUUAGUCCUGACAAUUACGGCCUCUCAGUUGAUCCAACUUUCGUUUGAAAGUGUCGACAGAUGGAGCUUCAACCACGUGUUGAGUUAAUAAAUUCCGCUUGUUGAUGAUUCGAUAGGAAAGUCGAUAGUCAGCUGGCAAAUAUUUUGUUCUGAGCUUGUGAACUUUUUUGGAGUUUUCUCGUAAAUUCUUCAGUGAGGACACAUUUUCGCUGUUUCCAAAAUAUAAAUUUAUUAGCCAAUUUCGGUGUUCAAGUGGUUUGAAGAGCUAUCGACUUGUAAGCACCUUGUCAUUUUCUUCUGACUUUCAAUCUGUUACCUUCUAAAGGGUACACUUGACCUCUGUUCUUGUUCAAAUGGAAAAGGAAAACAUGGACUCGAACAAACAACGUUACUAACCAUAGUAACAAAAUGUCCCAUAGGCACUUGAUUAACUCUCCUAUCCCAAAAUUAAUGUGCUGAUUGACGUAACAUGGUCGAAAUUCCUGAAACAAUGUCAAUAGAGAAAUUUAAUUUGCCAGAUUUUUCAUAUGGGGAUGAAAUUGAUUACCAUGCUGUGUCACCAACAAUAUUGCAGUUAGAUCACCAAGAAAUUGUUGAAACAUACCAUUCAUCUGGCGAUCGUCUAUUGAGUAGUGAUUCGGUAACUGAGACAGCCACUACUAAUUCAAAUCUCGAUUUAGGAUUAAAUAAAGAAGAUGAUUAUCUAUUCUCAUUUGAAAUAGAUACUCAUACACUUCCAUUAGAAUUAUUGAAUAAAGAUUUAGAUAGUCCAGAUUUUAAUUGGACAGAUUUAUUACCCGACUCCAAUGAAUUAGUAUCUCUGGACGAUAUUAAUCCUGGUAAUUUUUUAAAAUCUAAACAAAUUAAAAAUGAGAAAGAGAAGUUUACCAAUUGUCAAAGAAAAUCUUUGAUUGAUCAUUUUAAUCCAAUACCAAAAUUUUCAUAUCAAGAGAAAAUUAUUCAACAACAAAAACUUUUAUAUUCAUCAUCAUCAACUCAUAGUUCUUCAAGUUCUGUCAAUAACCAUGAUUGUCAUCAAUUGUUGAAUUCAACGGAAAUUAAUAAUGAGUGUGAUAUGAAUGAUUCUUAUAAAACUAAUAAAGUAAUUUGUCUAAAUAAUGAAGACUUACUAAAUGGUAAACCUGGAGAAUGCGUUAAAUUAACUUCAGAAGAAUAUAAAAUGCUCCAACAAAUCGGUUGUCAACUACCUAUCAAAUUUCCACUAAGUCAAACUAAUGAAAAAGCAAUACGUACUGUCAGACGAAAAAUUCGUAAUAAACUUUCUGCUCAAGCUAGUCGCGCCAAACGUCAAAAGUAUGUAAUUGACUUAGAACGUCGGUAUUCUAUGUGUACUGAAGAAAUCAAACAAUUACGUCGACAAGUAUAUGAAUUGGAGGAAGAUAAACGGAGUCUUACAUUACAUCUACGCAAAUUACGGUCUUAUAUCAAUAAAUUCAUGAAUAAACGAAGUGAAAAGUCCUAUUUACCACUAUUUGUAAACUCCAACAAUACUGAGUUGAAUCAUAAUAAUAAUAAGGUGACUGCUAAACAAGCCGCUAAAGCGGCAGCCGGUGGAACUAGUCUCUUGCUAAUGACGUUUAUGAUAUUGAUGUGGACUGCUGUAGUUCCAAUACCGUCAGUCAUAAAAACGUUAGAUACUGCAUCAUCGAUAUCUACAAGAAAUUUUUUCAGUUCAUUUCCAGGUCGGUCUCGAAUGUUGAUGAGUAUUAACAACCUUCCAGAAUUGUAUUCCUCCUCCUCGUCGUCGUCUUCUCAAGACCUAAUUCUUAAUGAAUCAAAAACAACUUUAUCCAAUCCGGAUAUUAUACCUGAGAAUUCAAUUCAAUAUAUUGUUCCAAUUAGCAAAUAUAUUACACCAGUGGUAAGUAAUUUUCUAUUCAUGUUUAUUAUGCUUUGUUUCUUUUUUUACGAAAGUUUUUACUAUAGUAGCAGAAUAUGAUCUUCGAGCACGUAGUAGUCUAGUGAACUAAAAAAACGUGACAACGCGAAUCAGAGGGCAAAGAUCAUACGAAAAAUCGAGUUGGUAGAAAGUAUACGAUCGGUUAUCGUUCCACAACAGAUCUUAGCCUUUCUAAUAAAAUCUGACUAUUCGUGCAACCGCCUUAGCAGUAGCGUAAGAAUCAAAUAGCUAAUCUUUUCAUUAAGUGAUAAAAUUUAAGAUCAUCCGUUAAUUUUUUGAUCGUUUAUGGACUGCACAAUGAUUCAGAACUUUAUUCAAUCUGAAAAUAAUUGCCAUCAUCAUGAAAUAAUAUUCUAUGCACAUUUCGAUGUCAUUGGCUUAUAUUCAUGUCUCAUUUAUACAUAUUAAGUAGUUAAGUAUCUAUUUUAUAUAAGACUAUUUGCUUUUAACUGUUGUGGAUUCAUUAUCAAAUGGUUUUUAAAAUUUCAUUUAAUUUUGUAUAAAGUUAAUUUAUCAAGCAAUUAAGUUUUAGCCUGGUCUAUUCUAUGUUAAAUGUUCUACAGUCUAAAUGAUUAUUACUUUCUUCAUCACUUUCAAAUUGGUUAUUGUUAAUUUUCACACUUACUUAUACUGUUUAUUACAGUGUUAGCAACUCUUGAAUGAAUUUUCCAUAUUUCUGCCAGUUUUUAAAAUAAAAUAUACUCUGUGUUUUAGUGUCAGAAAAUUAAUGCAUAUGAUUUAUUAAAAUCAGUAGACUAACGUUUGCUGGUGCGUGAGUAAACUGGAAAAAAAAAACUAGAGGAGAGAAAACCAAUCAAUCCAGGAACUUAUUGAUUGUUGAACUAACCUUUGUCGAUAGGUACAGACUAUGCUUCAUUAAGGUUUACUCGAUUAACAUAACCACUAGUUGAAGAUGUUUGAUUGUGGUGGCAUGGCUCAGAACUAAUCUCAACGGUUCAGAUAUAUUCACUCUUUAUCUUUCCUUACAUCUUGAGUUUCAAAAUUACCUUAUACUUGAUAUUCAUCAAAUUAAUUUUUGCUUCAAGAUCCAUAUUCUCUAUGUCUAAUGUUUUUAUUCUUUACUGUCACUAUUGCUGUUAGCAAUUCUACUAUCUUGACGGGUUUAUCUUGAUAAUUUCAUCAUACUAUAUUGAUGUAGUAUGAUAAGUUGAAACGAUCCAAAGAUUUAUCAGAUUCUAUGUUGUUUAUAACCUACGAACAACUAAUAUAAAUCACUUUAUAUUAACUGUUAUGCAUAAUUCUAAUCAUAUUUUACUUAUAUUCAUUAAUUAAUGUUUCAUUUUAUUUAUUUUCAUUUAAAAGAUUACUGAACAAUAAUGAAUAAUGUAUCAGUAAUUCAUUUACAUUUAUAACUAUAUUUUUACACCAAAAUUAUCGACAUACAGUGCACCAACAUAGAAUCAAUAUUCUUUAGACAGAAAAUUUUACGUUAAUAAUAAAUAAUUCCAGAGAG